AUGCUCACGCGAGCUGCCCGUCGUCGGCAUGCUUUGCAUUACAUUCAACGAGCAGUCGAUAGCAUCCAGCUACCAUGGCUAUGCCCGGCCCUUUCCCACUCAUAUACAACCCUACCCAAGCCUCCUUUAAAACCUGCCCGACCGGCAAUUCCACGUUCCAACAUUUCUCCUGCACAACGGACACAGCUACGACAUUUGGCCUCUCCCGCAUCCGCUUCCGAUCACUUUAGCGGUGCCGACGACUAUAUUCCGUUCGCCUUCGGCAAUGGUGACUAUCGUUCUAUAUCGCACCUUCCCACCGGUCAACUCAGUGAUCUCCAGUCGUUUGACAUCUCCAAUGUUGUCAUGUUAGACCAAAAUGCAUCUCUGGCCGACGAACUUGCAAAUUCAGAGCGUCCGGCAGGCUAUAAACAUAUGAACGCAGAGGAGAUGGAGGCGACACUGGACGCCUGUCUACACGUCCAACGAUGGAGUAGAGCAUUAAACCUCCUCGCUCAACUCAGCGUUUUAUACCGAAAUCAUCAGCAAAGGCUGUUAGAUGUCCACAACAGAGUUCUAGGGGCAAUGGCUGAAGACGUCAUACACAAUCAAAAUCAUGAAAAUGCCUUACGCAUCAAUAACUGGAUCGAAGUCGACAUGUUGAAAGCUCGUGUCGAGCCGGAUGCUCAUACUUUUGCCUGGAAGCUGAAAGUCGCUUUGCAUUCACUCACGGGAUCCCAAAGAAGUCGGACAGUCCGAAGAUACUGGGAGAUGACAAAGGAAUAUGAGUUGGAAAGCGAGGUCAUCAGCCUUCGAGACAUUCUCAGUGACCGUGAUCUGGGGAGCCUCUCCCACAUCUGCCCUAUUGAGACAACGGCGUUUGAAGAUGAGCAGAUGGUAACCAUCAUUCAAGGGGGACCUAUAAAAGAUUCCUCCACCAUUCAAAGAAGUGAAGCGCAAAUCAUCGAAACGGCACAGAAAGGUUUGGGUCUUUCUACAUUAAAGAAGACCAUGCGUCUCUUCUCCGACCCAACGAUAGUGACCCCAGAAUUCAAGCUUGGCGAAGACCCUACCGUGGCUCGACAGACACUACUCGAACGUGAAUCACUCGACAUUGCGCUUCAAAGAUGGAAAACCGAGUACAAGCAAAAAGCUGCGAUUGGCGCACUAGACCUUUCUCAUGGAGCUCGAGGUGGUUAUCUCUGGGUUUGGCAUGAGUUAUUAGCCAAAAAGAUCGCCAGAGAACUAGAUCUCGUAAAUGAGGCAGAGGCAGUCGUUGGAAAGAGAUCACAAAAGCAGAAGCUCAGAAUGGAGUACGGCCCGCUUCUAGGAUCUCUUUCACCUUCCAAAAUUGCCGCCACGUCCUUGAUUACAGUCAUGAACAUAUUCUGCAGGGCGGGAGUUGCUAGACCAGUCAGGCUAGCUUCGCUCGUCGCCGAGGUUGGGAAAGGCAUUGAAGACGAGUAUCAUGCGGAAGAUCAGGCUAAGAACACAGAGACUCUCGUAAAAUCACUGAAGGAUCAACCUCCACAGACCACGAACAAGUGGAGGGAAGAUGAGAGAAAAUCAGUUAUGCACAGGCGAACAAAGCACCAUAGCGCCAAACCCUACAGUUACAAACGAAACUGGACUUCCGUUCAACAUGCCAAGCUUGGAGCCAUCGUCUGCGAGCUGAUGUUCGAUGCUGCCAAGAUGGAAGUGGUUAGACAGAACACCUCGACAGGUGAGGAUAUCUGCAUGUGGCAACCAAUCUUCUCCCGCACGACGAUUUGGCAAGGUGGACGAAGAAUGGGCGUCGUAUCUAUGCUUGAGGAGUUCACCAAGAUCCUAAUGAACCAACCUGCCGAGCAUCUAUACACAAAGCUUCUCCCUAUGGUCUGCCCUCCAAAACCAUGGCAGGGCUGGGAUGAGGGAGGGUUCUUGACGACAAAAACUCCUUUCCUGCGUAUGAAGGCUCAUGAGCUUGCCCAAAGACAUUACGCAGAAGCUGCUGCUGAUAGAGGCGACCUUGACCAGUUAUUUGCCGCCAUCGAUGUUCUCAGCCAAACUGGUUGGCGAAUAAAUAAGAAGGUGUUCGACGUCAUGGUUGACGCCUGGAACAGUGGGAAAGGGGUCGCAAAUUUACCUCCACUUGACAAAGUUUUUGCCACCGUUGAAACUCCAGGACCAAAUGCCACCCCUAAAGAGAGGUGGCAAUGGUUCAACCUGAUGAAGAGAGUUGAGAAUGAGAGGAGUGGUCUGCACUCGGAACGAUGCUUCCAGAAUUUACAGAUGGAAAUUGCGAAGUCUUAUCUGCAUGAGACAUUCUACCUACCCCAUAACAUCGACUUCCGUGGGCGCGCUUACCCCAUCCCACCUUAUCUGAACCAGAUGGGUGCGGACAAUUGUCGCGGACUUUUAUUGUUCGAUGAAGGUCGGGAGCUUGGUUCUGACGGCUUAAGGUGGCUCAAGAUUCAUCUUUCAAAUGUUUUUGGGUACGACAAGGCUAGUUUGGCCGAUCGUGCUCAAUUCCCAAUGGAUAAUUUGGACAAGAUACUUGACUCAGUCAAAAAUCCAUUGGGUGGAGACAGAUGGUGGCUCAAAGCAGAAGACCCUUGGCAAUGUCUUGCGGCUUGUUUCGAGCUUACGAAUGCCCUUGAACUUCCCGAUCCCACCAAGUUUAUAUCUCGACUACCCGUUCAUCAAGACGGCUCUUGCAAUGGAUUGCAACACUAUGCUGCUCUUGGAGGAGAUGUUGCUGGAGCCAAACAGGUCAACCUUGAACCUGGUGACGUUCCAUCAGACGUUUAUACAGGUGUUUGUGAGCUGGUCAAAGCAGCGGUCCAAGAAGAUGCAGCUCGGGGCAAUCCCAUAGCAAAGCUUCUGGACGGCCGAGUGACAAGGAAGGUUGUCAAGCAGACAGUCAUGACCAACGUAUAUGGUGUCACGUUCCUCGGUGCAAUCAGACAAGUCAAGAAGCAAAUUGACGAUCUGAUGCCUGACCUCCUCAAAGAUCAGAUAUCUGGCAGAGCCGCAUCUUACAUUGCAAAGAACAUAUUUCGUGGUCUCGGUACUCUGUUCACAGGCGCCCAUGAAAUUCAAUACUGGUUAGGCGAUUGCGCAAACCGCAUUAGCGCUUCAAUUUCUGUCGCCCAGAUGGAAAAGAUGUACGAUCAGGAAUAUGGGCCUGGAGCAAGAGAUCAGGACUCGGUACUCAAGGGCAGAACCAUGACCAAAGGGCAGACUGUCUAUGAGUCUGGAGUGUUUCGCACAAGUGUGAUCUGGACAACUCCACUGAAACUACCAGUGGUACAACCAUACCGCACCGUCAAGACGAAAUCUAUUCAGACGAGUUUACAGAACAUUUCACUCUCACAACCUAGUGCUGCAGAUGCGGUCAAUAAACGCAAACAAUUGCAAGCAUUUCCACCCAACUUCGUCCAUUCACUGGAUGCUUGCCAUAUGGCAUUAUCCGCACUGAAAGCUCGUGAGCAUGGCCUGAGCUUUUCAGCCGUCCACGACAGCUUCUGGACCCAUGCCAGUGACGUUAAUACCCUGAACACACUGUUGCGUGACGCAUUCAUACAAAUGCACAGUGAAGAUAUUAUUGGCCGACUGUCAGCUGAGUUCCAGAAACGAUACGAGGGACACUACUACCUUGCUCAGAUUAGCAACACAAGUAAGCUAGGAUGCGCCAUCUCUGACUAUCGGAAGAACCUCGUCAAGGACAAGAUGAGUCCCAGUGGACAUAGUGCCAAAGCCUUUCAUGCACGCCGCCAUGCUGAAUUACUCCGAGAAAUUCGGAAGAAUAAGCUAAUGGCGAGUGAAGAUCCCGAUGAGCGGGAGGAAGGUAAGAAAAUGGUGACUGCAGCCACCAUUUUCGAACAGUUCGAUGGUGAGAAGUAUUUGUCCGGCCGAACCUCCUUAGGUGAAACAGCGAUUGGAGUGAUUCCCGACAAUGUGGACGAAUCAGUUCUUGAGCAAGCCAUUCACUCAACAGAUGUGGUCGGCGAUGUGAGUCUCGAUCGUGCGCUUGGUCCACUAAAGGAUUCGAUUGCCGAGAUAGACAACGAUGACAGCUCAGAACCAACUCUCGCUUCGCCUUUAUCGACUUCCUCAUUUGAUGAUGGUUACAUAUGCGUGAAAGACGCAUUCGGAAACACGAUUCGAAGUAGGACGAAGCCGAGAGAUAAGAAUUGCAAAAAUCGGACUGCCAGUAAUCAAACAUGGUUAUGGCUUCCAUUGAAAUUCAAGCCCAUCCCCAAAAAAGGUGACUUCGAUGUUCGACGGCUGAAAGAUAGCACCUACUUUUUCUCAUGA